AUGGGAAUUGUAACUACUAUGAAAACAUUAGAUCCUUUACAUGUUAAUUUAGCGAAAUCGAAAAUUUUCACAGCAGUUCAAGAAGUUGAACAACAAAAGAUCAUGCAUAACCAACGUCUUAUGUACAAUCCUCCUACAGAAAGUAAUUGGGUUUGGACUCCUCCACCUUCUUUUGAUGUUCAAAGUGUUCAAAAUAACCCCCAAAACAACUCUGAACCCUUCCAACUAGAAACAAUAUCGACUGAUAUUACACGUUUAUAA